UGGAGACGUUCGUUGGUCCUAGCUGUGUCGGGCCUCAUCGAGGCCACGCCCCCGCUCCCCCACCAGGGCCUGGUUUGGUUGUGUUGCCGCCGGGAAAGGAGACGCUGCCCUUCCGCAGCGAUGGGAUCCUGGCUCUGUGGAAGGACCUUCUGUAAUGUGUGCCCCGGCCCUGCUGGCGUGUGGGUGGUGCCCAAGACCCAGCCAGAGACCAGUUGAAGAUCUUUUCGGAAGCUCUUACCCCGAGUUCCCGCCUCAGGUGCUUGGUCUGCCAUGGCGUUCCGUCGUACUGAGGGUAUGUCCAUGAUCCAGGCUUUAGCCAUGACUGUGGCUGAGAUACCCGUGUUCCUGUACACGACAUUUGGUCAGUCUGCAUUCUCCCAGCUGCGGUUGACACCAGGCCUGAGGAAGGUUCUUUUUGCCACAGCCCUUGGGACUGUGGCCUUGGCCCUGGCUGCCCACCAGCUGAAGAGGCGCCGGCGGAAGAAGAAGCAGGUGGGCCCUGAGCUGGGAGGUGAGCAGCUGGGUACAGUACCCCUGCCCAUCCUCAUGACCCGCAAGGUCCCUUCAGUGAAGAAAGGCUACUCCAGCCGGAGGGUUCAGAGCCCCAGCAGCAAGAGCAACGACACUCUCAGCGGCAUCUCCUCCAUCGAGCCCAGCAAACACUCAGGCUCCUCCCACAGCCUGGCCUCGAUGGUAGUGGUCAAUUCAUCCAGCCCCACAGCUGCAUGCUCAGAUUCAUGGGAAACCAGAGGGAUGGAGGAGUCUGUGCCCACCACCGAUGGCAGUGCUGAGAGUCUCUAUGUACAAGGCAUGGAGCUCUUUGAGGAGGCCCUGCAGAAGUGGGAGCAGGCCCUGAGUGUGGGGCAGAGAGGGGAUGGAGGCAGCACCCCCACACCAGGGGACAGCUUCCAGAACCCAGACACCUCGUCAGAGGCACCGUCAGAGCCAGAGUCACAACGGAGGGAAUUUGCCGAGAAGCUGGAGUCCCUGUUGCACCGGGCCUAUCACCUGCAGGAAGAAUUUGGUUCCACCUUCCCCUCUGACAGCAUGCUGCUGGAUCUCGAGAGGACCCUCAUGCUGCCCCUGACUGAGGGCUCACUGCGUCUGCGGGCCGAUGACGAUGACAGCCUGACCUCGGAAGACUCCUUUUUCUCAGCAACUGAGCUCUUUGAGUCCCUGCAGGUCGGAGAUUACCCGCUCCCUCUCUCCAGGCCUGCUGCUGCCUACGAGGAAGCUCUGCAGCUGGUGAAGGAGGGCAAAGUGCCCUGCCGGACACUCAGGACAGAGCUGCUGGGCUGCUACAGUGACCAGGACUUCCUGGCCAAGUUGCAUUGUGUACGGCAGGCCUUUGAGGGGCUUCUGGAAGAAAGGGACAACCAGGUCUUCUUUGGGGAGGUCGGCCGGCAGAUGGUGACAGGCCUGAUGACCAGAGCUGAGAAGAGUCCUAAAGGCUUCCUGGAGAGCUAUGAGGAGAUGCUGAGUUACGCCCUGCGGCCUGAAACCUGGGCCACGACCCGGCUGGAGCUGGAGGGCCGAGGGGUGGCAUGCAUGAGCUUCUUUGACAUUGUGCUGGACUUCAUCCUCAUGGAUGCUUUCGAGGACUUGGAGAACCCUCCAUCUUCGGUGCUUGCUGUCCUGCGGAACCGCUGGCUAUCCGACAGCUUCAAGGAAACGGCCCUGGCCACUGCGUGCUGGUCUGUCCUGAAAGCCAAGAGGAGGCUCCUGAUGGUGCCCGAUGGCUUCAUCUCCCAUUUCUACUCCGUAUCGGAGCAUGUCAGUCCUGUACUGGCAUUUGGCUUCCUCGGACCCAAGCCCCAGCUUGCGGAAGUCUGUGCUUUCUUCAAGCACCAGAUUGUGCAGUACCUGAGGGAUAUGUUCGACCUGGACAACGUGCGCUACACAUCGGUGCCAGCCCUGGCAGACGACAUCCUACAGUUAUCCCGGCGCCGCAGCGAGAUCCUGUUGGGCUACCUGGGGGCGCCAGUGGCUAGCAGCACUGGGCUGAAUGGGCCAAUGCCUCGAGAGAAUGGACCCCUGGAAGAGCUGCAGUAAUGGGGACACAGCUUGAGGGGAGAGGUGGCUGCUUGAGCCUCAUUCACAAGGGUGAUAGGAGAGAAAAGGCUGCCCUUCCCUUCCUUCGGGUUGGCAUCCAAGGGUCAGGGUGGCCGAGGGCCAUUGUCCCUGAGCCUGCUAUACCUGCUCAUCUGGCAGUCCCAACCCUGGAGGACAAAUUUCCAUGGAGAGGAACCACUGGAGCCUAUCCAGACGCCCUCAGGGUACCUGGGCAGCAGGGGCAGGCCAGGGACAGCAAGGUGUAACAAGGGGAAGACCUGAGAGGAAGGUGUAGAGAUAUGGACCACAGAGCCCCAGUCCCCUCUGGGCUGCAGACAGAGGGCAAGGAGGUAUCGGUGAGGGAUAAGACAUGAGGGCUAUAUGGUGACAGUCACAGGGUCCUGGAGUAGGAGCCAGCACCAAGGCUUCUGGUCAGUAUGGAAAGCCCCAUCUGGGCCAUCCAGAGGUGAGCUUGCCCCACCCGUGCUCCCUUCAGAAACGCAGGCACCAACCCAGGACCCUGUCCUCACACAUUCCCAUGCCCUGCCAAAGACUAAGUUUUUACCCCACCUCUGCCACCACCAAAGAUGGAGGAGGUGGGACUGGGCACUUCCCACUUCCCUGUGAGCCUGGAACUCCUUGGGCAGUGCUAGGCUCCAGCUGAGGGCUCUAAGCAGAGCUCACAAAGGCUUGUCACUUGUGUUACCAUCUGCUGCUCUAGAAGUGAGGGUCUGGGAACCAUGGCAGGGAGGUCAGGGUCAGCCCCCCCCAACAAGAAGUGGACUCAGCAUUUUGCCUUUAACUCCAUGCACACGGACUCUGGGGCUGCCCAGCAGCAUAGGGCCCACCUCAGGGCCCUGCAGACAGCUCUGCAAGCAUUGUCAUGGCAGCUGCAGGGGUCCUGGGAGCCCUCUCCUUUAUCCUGAGCUGGGAGGUUUUUAUUUAUUUGCCUUAACACUUUAUUUGGAUGUUCUGCUGCUUUCAGGUUGUGAGACCCUACAGGAGAUGAGACUCCUGUUCUGGUCUGGAGUUGAGCACGGGCUCCUGGGACCCAGUCCCUCUGGAAGAGGCAAGGGCUUCCCAGGGUCGGGAGGACACAGUGAGGAGAGAGUGGGGGGGGGGGGGUGA